AGCCGCGAGCUACCGUCCUCUGCCUCCUAGGGGGCUGCAAAGUACCAGCCGGCAGCCAGCCCUUCCCCGGCUCGGGUCGGUGGGGGGGAGGGGUCAGUUCAAAGGCAUGAGCAAGGAGCAGCCUGAUUCCGCCUCCUCCCCACGCCGGCUCGCCCCGGCUCCCCGCGAACUCCGGCUCAGCAGCCGCACCGUGCAGCGGCGGCGGCUGCAAGAGACUGUGCCGCUGCGACAGGGGAGGCGGAGGCUGGGAGCUGAAGGAGGCUGAGCGAGCAUGCGCCGCCGGCGCCACUGACUAGGUCCUCAGCCCAGGUACCAAGGGGGAAGAAAAACAAAAACCCACUAGCAAUUUACAGCCGGCAGACGCUGUAGAGUGCGAGGCUCGCCAGCACCAACAGAUAUUUUGAUGGCAUGACAAGUCAGAAAGAAGAAAAGAGGAUGUACUCUAUGACUAAACACAAGAUCUGUUCUGUUUGUGGAUUACAUUUUCAGUAAGAUGUAUGGAUCUACUUUUUCCUUGUUCUUAUAUAUAGAUCAUAAGACUUGACUGAGGCAAUAUCCAUAUCAUCCAUCCAUCUAUGGCGAACUACAGCCAUGCAGCUGACAACAUUUUACAAAAUCUCUCUCCUUUAACAGCCUUCCUAAAACUGACUUCACUGGGUUUCAUAAUAGGAGUCAGUGUGGUGGGUAACCUUCUGAUCUCCAUUUUGCUAGUCAAAGAUAAGACCCUGCAUAGAGCUCCUUACUACUUCCUGUUGGAUCUUUGCUGCUCAGACAUCCUCAGAUCUGCAAUUUGUUUCCCGUUUGUUUUCACCUCAGUAAAAAAUGGCUCUACUUGGACGUAUGGGACUCUUACUUGCAAAGUGAUUGCCUUUUUGGGGGUUUUGUCCUGCUUCCACACUGCUUUUAUGUUGUUCUGCAUAAGUGUCACCAGGUACUUAGCUAUUGCCCACCACCGGUUUUAUACAAAAAGACUGACCUUCUGGACUUGUUUGGCAGUUAUCUGUAUGGUGUGGACCCUUUCUGUAGCUAUGGCUUUCCCCCCAGUUUUAGACGUGGGCACCUACUCAUUCAUUAGGGAGGAAGACCAAUGCACCUUUCAGCAUCGUUCUUUCAGAGCCAAUGAUUCUUUGGGAUUUAUGCUUCUUCUUGCCCUUAUACUCCUAGCCACACAGCUUGUCUACCUCAAGCUGAUAUUUUUUGUUCAUGAUCGCAGGAAAAUGAAGCCAGUCCAGUUUGUUGCUGCGGUGAGCCAGAACUGGACUUUUCAUGGCCCUGGAGCCAGCGGUCAAGCAGCAGCUAAUUGGCUGGCUGGAUUUGGAAGGGGUCCCACACCACCAACCUUGCUGGGAAUCAGGCAAAAUGCAAACACCACAGGCAGAAGAAGGCUACUGGUCUUGGAUGAGUUCAAAAUGGAAAAGCGAAUCAGCAGAAUGUUUUACAUUAUGACUUUCCUCUUUCUGACCUUGUGGGGUCCCUAUUUGGUAGCCUGUUAUUGGAGAGUUUUUGCAAGAGGGCCUGUCGUACCAGGGGGAUUUCUAACAGCCGCUGUCUGGAUGAGUUUUGCCCAGGCUGGAAUCAAUCCUUUUGUCUGCAUUUUCUCCAACAGGGAGCUGAGGCGCUGUUUCAGUACAACCCUUCUUUACUGCAGAAAAUCCAGGUUACCAAGGGAACCUUACUGUGUUAUAUGAGGGAGCAUCUGUAAAUCUUUAGCCUUGUGAAACACUACCCUUUCUCUGCUAAGCAAUUGUGGCCUGUAGCCAUGUCUUGAGAAGAAAAUCAAGAAUGGGAAGUCAGCAGCUGUAAGGAUUUGGGCAACAUUCUGCAGUCUUUGCAAUAGCUCAC